CACUUCUGCCAGGAGGGAUUUUAACAAGCUGGUGGUUUCACUGUUAGCGUGAUUGCAGUGAUUAUUUCUCAUAAACAGACUCCUCAAAAAGGCUUUAGCCAUGCCUCGCCUUCUUGGCCCCCUCCUUACUGUUCUACUCCAGCUUUUUGUCUUCCCAUGUGUGACUGAUGGGGCUUACUACGGACACAAGCAACACCCUCAGCCAUACCAGCCAAUGCAGCACCUUCAACACAUAAACAUGGGAAAUAGAGGUUUUCCUCAGCAACAGUACAUUGGCAAGGAAGUGCCCUACAUGCAAUAUCCACACUAUAGGAAGGAGCUGCCCCAGAUGCCAUUGCUUAAGGGCAAAGAAAAUCCCCGUAAAGGGGGGAACUACAAUGGUGGUAAAGAAAAAGGUUUAACAAUACCUAGUGCUGUGGAAGGAGUUCCUCAGGGAGAACAAGGCCCAGCUGGACCACCUGGACCUGUGGGACCUCCAGGACCUCCUGGACCUCCAGGGAAUGGAUUACCUGGCCCAGAGGGCCAACCUGGACCUCCAGGUCCACCAGGAUUACCUGGAAUGGGAAAACUAGGCUUGCCCGGACUGCCAGGAAAACCAGGUGUAAACGGUGAGCGUGGGCCUCAAGGGAAAAUAGGACCAAGAGGGGAAGAGGGUCCUGAUGGUCCGCCAGGUCCACAGGGACCCCAAGGACCACCUGGGUUUCCUGGAAUAGGUAAACCAGGGUUACAGGGAUUACCGGGACAACCAGGUGUCAAAGGGGAACCGGGUCACAAAGGCCUGCCAGGUCUGCCGGGAUUACCAGGACCAAAAGGAGACAAAGGGAUGGGUCUGCCUGGACAGCCUGGUUACAAAGGACUUCCUGGGCCUCCUGGACCUGCUGGCCCAAGAGGGCUGCCAGGUCUUGGAAAACCAGGGUUAAAUGGUUUACCUGGUCCACAAGGACCCCCAGGACAUAAAGGAUAUCCUGGAGAAGCAGGCCCUCCCGGACCAGCUGGGGAAGGAGGGAAGCCUGGCCCACCAGGUCCACCUGGUCAAGGAAAGCCAGGUCAAAAUGGUCUGCCUGGACAGCCAGGAAGGACAGGUGAGAAGGGCCUUCCAGGACCACCAGGUCUGCCAGGAAAGCCAGGUCUUUCAGGAUUUGGCAAGCAAGGACUUCCAGGACCAAAAGGUGAUAAAGGAAUUGGUGGACCCGCAGGACCCCCAGGACCCAAAGGAGAAAAGGGUAUUGGUGGAAUACCUGGAAUGCUUGGACUCCCUGGACCGAAUGGUCCUCCAGGUCCUGCAGGACCAAUUGGAGAACCUGGAAGUAUAGGUGCACCUGGUCCUAAAGGAGAUAGUGGAGAUGAAGGACCAAGAGGGCGUGAUGGGGCUAAGGGUGACCUUGGUCCUCAAGGACCACCUGGUAAGGAUGGUCUACCUGGGGAACUUGGAGAACCAGGCCCAAGAGGUCCACCUGGAUCAAGUGGUCCAAAAGGUGCGGAUGGCCAGAAAGGUCUAGCUGGUAUGCCUGGUCCCCCUGGAACUCCUGGUUUGAGAGGACAUGCCGGAUUACCUGGGGAAAGAGGUAUUCAGGGACCUCAAGGAAUCCCUGGAAUAAAUGGUGCAGUUGGACCCAUUGGGCCUACUGGUCCCACAGGACCCAAAGGAGAAAGUGGUCCUCCUGGUCCACCAGGCAUUGCAGACAUUGGGAGUCCUGGCCUGCCUGGUCCUGUAGGAGCCCCAGGAAGAGAGGGACCAUCUGGACCCCCUGGACAACCAGGUCAACCUGGUCCACCUGGACCACCAGGACCACCCGGUGAACCCGUUUUUUCACCAGAAAUGGCUGGAGUACUUUCUGAGAUGGGUCCGGGACUAGAUGGUGUUAAAGCUGGAAGUUAUGAUAAGAAGGGCAAAUAUGGUGGAGGUUGGGCUGAAGUAAUGGGUUCCAGUGGCCUUGAAAUGCCAGCAUUUACUGCUGUAGCAUCUACACCCUUUCCACCUGUGGGCAGCCCAGUUGUUUUUGAUAAACUUUUGUACAAUGGCCGCCAAAACUACAAUCCCCAGACAGGAAUUUUCACCUGUGACAUUCCUGGCAUUUAUUACUUUGCCUACCACAUUCACUGUAAGGGAGAAAAUGUGUGGGUGGCUUUGAUGAGAAACAGUGAGCCUGUGAUGUAUACUUAUGAUGAAUAUAAAAAGGGUUUCUUAGAUCAAGCAUCGGGAAGUGCAGUACUACCUCUUCAACCUGGGGACACUGUUUACAUUCAGAUGCCAUCAGAUCAGGCCUCUGGACUUUAUGCUGGAGAGUAUGUGCAGUCCUCCUUCUCUGGGUAUUUGCUCUAUCCAAUGUAGUACCCCAUACUUCUGGAAGAGGGAGCAGAUGCUUAUUUUUGUGAAAUAGUUGACCGUAUAUUAAAUUAACUUAGACUGGGCAUUUUUUUAAUGUUGAGUCAAAAAUGAUGCUAUCAUUAACAGAGGUUAAACUACCAUAUUUUGUACUGUAUUGUCUUAAAGUCAUUCCAAAUAGGUGACCUAAGACUUGUUUUCAAUUUUGAGAGAGUUAAAAGAACCAAAUAAUUACAGCUUUAUUUACUUCUAAGAAAAUAUCAACUGUCUCAAAACAAUGCAAUUUCUGUGACUUGUUAUAUGCUGACUGAAAUACAGAAAGCUUUUGGAGUCUCAUAUCAACAGAUAACAAGGCUCUCUGGUCACUACAUUGUGCUACAGUAAUGUCAAAUUCAGCCUCACACAGUUUUCCAAUUGGCCACUAACAUCUUGACAGGAAAACGGUAUCUAUUUCUACACAUAUACAUCGGGUC